ACUUCAACUGAAACAUCAUAUAUAGAAGAGAAGCAAAUUUACUAACCAUCACUCGAUAAUGGAGCAGCUUCAAAUUCCCUCCUCCUUGGUCCUUCUUUCAUCACUUCUCUUUAUCUUCAUGGUAUUAAGGAUACUCAAAAAGUCGAAAACCAAAGACUUAACUCCAAAUUUACCCCCAGGUCCACGGAAGCUUCCUGUGAUAGGAAACUUGCACCAGUUAUUAUGUUCUCUACCCCAUCACCGCCUGCGAGACUUGGCCGAGAAACAUGGACCUAUUAUGCACCUUCAACUCGGCCAGGUUCAGACCAUUGUUAUUUCUUCUCCAGAAACUGCUGAACAAGUGAUGAAAGUCCAUGAUAUCAACUUUGCUCAUAGGCCCCAUCUCCUUGUAGGACAAAUCAUCUUCUAUAACUGCACGGACAUUGCGACUGCAGUAUAUGGAGACUAUUGGAGGCAGUUGCGGAAAGUUUCCAUCUUGGAGCUAUUAAGUCCUAAACGUGUGCAAUCAUUUAGAUCUAUCAGGGAGGAAGAGGUAUCCAGUCUUAUUGGAAGUAUUUCUUCUAGUGCAGGAUCAAUAGUCAACCUUAGCAGGAUGCUGUUUUCUGUAACAUAUAGCAUCACUACGAGAGCAGCCUUCAGUAAAUUGCGGAAAGAGGAAGAGAUAUUCGUUCCGCUUGUUCAGGGAAUAAUACAGGUGGGAGCAGGUUUUAAUAUAAGUGAUCUUUUCCCUUCCAUCAAAUUGCUUCCAUGGAUAACUGGGAUGAGGUCCAGAAUGAAAAAGUUGCAUCAAGAAGCUGACAGGAUACUUGAAAGCAUUAUCAAAGAGCAUAGAGCUCGCAAAGCGGAGGGCAAUUCCAGUAACGAGGGUAAAGCACAUGAUCUUGUAGAUGUUCUUCUAGAUCUCCAGGAACAUGGGAACCUCGACUUCUCCCUAACUACCGAUAAUAUUAAGGCAGUCAUCCUGGACCUUUUCAUUGCUGGGACAGAGACAUCAUCAACUAUUCUAGAAUGGGCAAUGUCAGAGCUGCUAAAGCACCCAGAAGUGAUGGAAAAGGCUCAAACAGAGGUACGAGAGGUGUUUGGCAAAGAUGGAAGUGUCGGUGAAUUAAAUUAUUUGAAGAUGGUUGUCAAAGAAACUAUGAGAUUACACCCUCCUCUCCCUUUGCUGCUUCCAAGAGAAUGUCGAGAGGACUGUGGAAUCAACGGAUACAAUAUUCCCAUUAAAUUCAGAGUCCUAGUUAAUGCAUGGGCAAUCGGAAGGGAUUCAAAUUAUUGGGUUGAUGCUGAGAGAUUCCAUCCUGAGAGAUUUCUUGAUAGCUCGAUUGAUUAUAAAGGGGUUAAUUUUGAGUUUACCCCUUUUGGUGCUGGAAGAAGGAUGUGUCCAGGCAUUCUGUUCGGCAUAAGUAACGUCGAUCUUCUACUAGCAAAUUUGCUCUACCAUUUUGACUGGAAGCUCCCAGGUGACAUGGAGCCAGAAAGUCUAGACAUGUCUGAAGCUUUUGGUGCCACGGUUAGAAGAAAAAAUGCUCUGCAUUUAACUCCUAUUCUGCACCAUCCUCAUCCUGUUAGAUCUCGAAAAUCACAAGGAAAAUGAUCUUAAAUGUGCUUGUUAUGUUACGUAAUGCCAAUGGUGUUGCCCAGUCACGAUAAUAAUAAUAACAGUAAUAAAAAGCGGCUCAUUUUUCAGUGUUA